UCUCUCUCUCUCUCAUAUUCUCUUUCUACGAUGCUCUCUCUCUCCUCCCAGGGGACGCGUCCUCUCUUCUCCCACUUCCGCUUCCUCUCAUUUCUCCACUCUCCCAAUUCCCACCCCAAACUUUUCUCUAUUUCCCCAAAACCCCCCACUCUCUCCAUCCGCAGCUGCGCCUCCAUCUCCGCCAAGCCCUCCUCCGACCUCCGCCCCAAGCGCGACCCCAAUUCCCACUCCUCCGCCGAUGCUAAGCUCCGAGCUCUCCGGAGCAUCUUCUCCAAGCCCGGCCUCGGUAUCGACGCUUACGUCAUCCCCUCUCAGGAUGCUCACCAGAGUGAGUUUAUUGCUGAAUGCUACAUGAGGAGGGCCUAUAUAUCAGGCUUCACUGGGAGCGCCGGUACUGCUGUCGUCACGAAGGAUAAAGCAGCACUCUGGACAGAUGGGCGCUACUUUCUUCAGGCUGAAAAGCAGCUGAGCUCGAGCUGGAUUCUCAUGCGGGCUGGUAAUUAUGGAGUACCUACGACUAUUGAAUGGCUGAAUGAUGUUUUGGCCCCUGGGGGGAGAGUUGGCAUUGACCCUUUUCUCUUUUCUUCCGAUGCUGCAGAGGAAUUGAAGCAGGGCAUUGCUAAGAAGAAUCAUGAGUUGGUUUUCCUGUAUGAUAAAAAUCUUGUUGAUGAAAUAUGGAAAGAAUCAAGACCAGAGCCUCCAAAUAAACCAAUCAGAGUACAUGAACUGAAGUAUGCUGGUAAAGAUGUGGCAUCAAAGUUAUCAUCUUUGAGGUCUGAACUUGUUGAAGCUGGUUCAUCUGCGAUAGUUAUAUCUAUGCUUGAUGAAGUUGCCUGGCUGUUGAAUUUGAGAGGAAGUGAUGUUCCCCAUUCACCUGUUAUGUAUGCUUAUCUGAUUGUGGAGAUCGACAAAGCAAAGUUAUUUGUAGAUACUUCUAAAGUAGGCACUGAGGUGUUAAAUCACUUGGAAAAUGCGGGUGUUGAAUUGAAGCCAUACGACUCCAUUCUUUCUGAAGUAGAAAGUCUGGCAGCAAAAGGGGCUAAAAUUUGGUUGGACGCAUCAUCUGUAAAUGCUGCUAUUGUCCACACCUACAACACUGCUUGUGAGAAAUAUUACGAGAGUCUUGAAAGUAAGAAAAAAGGUAAGACUAAGGCAAAUGAUGACUUGAAUGGUUGGUCUGAAGGACCCACUGGAAUGUAUAGGGUGUCCCCUAUCUCUUUGGCAAAGGCACUGAAAAAUGAUGCUGAGUUAGAAGGGAUGCGGAAUUGUCAUUUAAGGGAUGCUGCUGCUUUAGUGCAGUUUUGGGUUUGGAUCGAAGAGCAAAUCAACAAGAAUGUGAAACUAAGUGAGGUAGAAGUUGCAGAAAAACUUCUUGAAUUUCGUUCAAAGCAACCAGGCUUCCUAGAUACAAGCUUUGACACCAUAAGUGGCUCCGGCGCAAAUGGUGCUAUUAUACAUUAUAAACCAGAACCAGAAAGUUGCAGUGUUGUGAAUGAAAAUAAACUCUUUCUUUUGGAUAGUGGUGCUCAGUAUGUGGAUGGAACAACUGACAUAACAAGGACCGUACAUUUUGGUGAACCUUCUCCACGUCAAAAAGAUUGCUUCACCCGAGUUUUACAGGGUCACAUAGCUCUUGAUCAGGCUGUAUUCCCUGAAAACACUCCAGGUUUUGUCCUAGAUGCAUUUGCUCGCUCUUUUCUUUGGAAGAUUGGACUGGAUUACCGACAUGGAACUGGGCACGGUGUGGGAGCUGCAUUAAAUGUUCAUGAGGGUCCUCAAAGUAUUAGCUUUAGAUUUGGAAAUACAACUCCAUUACAGAGUGGAAUGAUCGUUAGCAAUGAACCUGGCUAUUAUGAAGACCAUGCCUUUGGCAUCCGUAUUGAGAAUCUCCUUGUUGUGAAAGAAAUUGACACGCCAAAUCGUUUUGGAGGAAUUGAAUACCUUGGAUUUGAAAAACUCACAUUUGUUCCCAUACAGACUAAGUUGAUAGACUUAUCUUUGCUUUCUGGUGCGGAGUUUCAUUGGCUUAAUGAUUAUCACUCACAAGUUUGGGAAAAGGUCUCACCAUUGCUUGAUGGUUCUGCACGCCAAUGGCUUUGGAACAACACAAGACCACUGGUCAAGCAGUGACUCUUACUCAAUAUGCUCCAUGUUGUACCCUUGUUGUAGUGCUGUUGUUGUAAGCCAAUAAUUAGACGGUAAGAAAGUAUAGGCCUGUACAUACUUUGCUCUGCAUAUUUGAUAGUUUGUAUGAUUAUCAAUGAUAUUAUUCAAAAUGAAUAAGAAAAAGGAUAUUAUCUCUCCUUUUAGUUUUUGAUGUGUGGAAGAAAGGAGAGACAAUGAACUUGUAAUUUGCUUCGGCAGCAU